UUCGAAUGUUGUAGCGUUUGGUCACAUCUUCACAAUGGUUUGGAACAAGCCAAAACCAUUAAGCUAUUUAAUUCCAAUGUGGCUAAUGAAUUAUAUGAUGCUAUAAUGGAUGCAAUUCCUCCGGCUUAA